AUGAAUGGGAUCCUGAUUAGAUCAUUGAAAAAAAUAAGUGAUAGUGGAUCAAAAUUUUAUAAAGGCGGAUUUGAUCCAAAAAUGAAUAAAAGAGAGGCUGCUUUGAUAUUAGGUUUAGGGGAAACUGGUCUUAAUAAAAUUAAAAUUAAAGAAGCACAUUGA